AGAAGUAAAAGUAUAUUUAUAUGUGUCGUCGUUUAGCGUAUUACUGAUUUAUUACAGAUUGUAUACCGACAUAAAAAAAAGUGCAUGCUUCUUACGCUGUUGAAGUAGAUACCAACACAAAGAAUUCAAGACCAUCAUGACGUUAUGUGUGCAAAUUUAGAAAGCCUCAUGAAAAGUAGCUAAAACUUGAUCAAUGAAAACUACAAGUUGUCAGCGUCGAUAAAGCAAUGAAUGAGUUAGUGCGACAAGAGGAGCAUACGAAACAUCCUAAUCCUAUCCCAGAAGCUAACAAUGCAAUUGAGUCUUCUAGAAAAACAGAAAACCUUAAAAAGCAAGAAGACAAACUGACUGGCUGGGAGGAUGAUUUUCAGGAGCCAGAAAUCAGUAAGGAGGAAAAGGCUGAAAUUGAAAAGCUGUAUAGUCUAGAGGUUCCUUUGAUUGUACGAAUGGAGCGGUUCGUCCAAAAGUAUAGAAAAAAUCGAAGAUGGAACGAAGCAAAUCGAUCAAGACUUUUUUCAAUGUACCUCGCUUUGGGAGGUAUCUCGAGCGGUCAAAAGCAAUUCACUGGAGGUCUUGAUGUGAAUGAAGGCGAUGAUGCUCAAUCUACUGAAAAUCAAACAGCAAUUGAUUUCAUUCAACAUGACAUAUUGAAUGAUUAUGAGGUGGAUUUUGUUUGGGUAGUAGCGGUCUUUUUAUCUUCCCACCUCCUUUAUAGAGCAGGUGUUACAGAAGAACAUGAACUAAGGAUGGCUUCUCAAUUAAUACAAAACUUUUUGAAAAGCGUUCUCCAUCACAAGGUAGCAGCUGAGUAUGAAGAGAAUAUUCAAGCAGCUUUAGAAUUGGCAACCAGGGCAGAAAAAGAGCUCGUUGAUGAUAAAAGGCUUUCUGUUUCUCUUCCAGGUCCUUUAAACAGGGCUUUUUCUCAUUUAUAUGUCGAUAAUUAUAAAGGACUAUGGGAUAACGUUGACACGUACCAUCAUUUUGCCCCGUCAUCAAAUGCAAGAGAAGAAAAAGAGCAAGAAGGCUUUAAAGAAAAUAAAAAUUCUCAUAUAUUUGAUUUAAAGGAUUUUCAACCUGAUGCUCAUACCCGAUUUUCUACGGAGCAAGCAAGGUCACAUAUAAAAAGAACUUUAGGGUCCGAUGCACUUGAAGCAGAAGUCUUAGAUCAAGAGUACUUGACGGUAGAAUUGAUUUCUAAAGAAUUGAUUUAUAAAUACAAAAACAAUCCUUUAUGCAAAGCUAGGUACUUAGUAUGGAAUCCUCCUGGAACAAGCUACCCUCAGCAAACCGAGAAAACAGAAGUAACCAUUCUCAUUGAACCGGAAUUGAUGGAACUUAUGGUUUUGAAAACACAUUUAGAAGCAUCUUUUACUUUUCUAAGCAAUGGCAUAACGAUUAUGGAUACAGUUUUAGCGGUCUUACCUACAUUUUAUGAAGAAAUUGAAGAAUAAUACGAAUCAUCUUCCGUUUGAAUGGAAUUCUAUUACUUAUCAUUAGGCGUGAUUUGGAACAAACUGAAUCAUCUUUAGCUGUAAACGUCUUUUUUAGUUCGAUUAUAAAACGACCGUGUCAAGUCUAAGAAGAGACUUAAAGAGGGAUCGGUUUAUUAUAUAUCUGUGUAUUAAAGAAAAACAGAUUUAAUAUAGAUAGCAUUUGUUUAUAAUUUCUAAACAAAUUCUUAUAAACGAUACGCAUACAUAUACCAUAAGCCAAACGUACUCAUCAAUCGAUUCUAAUCCCUAUGUCAC